AUGGAUGUUACUGAUAUUAAUUUGGGCGUUGCCACUGUGUUGACCUUGUCUUUUAUUACGAUUCCAGUUUUAUGGGUGUUUAGUCAACGAAGGGCUUCGCCAGUAUCAAAUCAGACUCUAGUGCCAGACACUUCCGUUCCGAAGGACAUUGGCCUUGAUCUGACAGUAGCUAAAGUCAACGACGCGCCGGAUGGGUGGUUUACAGAUGACGGCACUUUUGAACUAGAACGGCGAGCCAUAUUCAGUCAAACCUGGCUCUGCAUCACCCACUUGAGCCACUUUCAAAAGCCGGGAGACUACUUAUCAUUCACGAUUGCAGAUUUUCCAUUCUUUCUCAUUCUCGGAAAGGACAGAAUAUUACGCGGUUUCCACAAUGUGUGUCGACAUCGUGCAUACAACGUUACCAGAAAAGUCAUGGGCUCAUCGCUUGUUCUCGGAUGCAAAUACCAUGGUUGGAGUUACGACACCAAAGGAAACCUUACGAAAGCCCCCCAGUUCGACCAGGUCCCAGGCUUCAAGAAAGAAGACAAUGGCUUAUUCCAGAUUUGGGUUCGCACGGAUCCGAACGGGUUCGUGUUCAUCAAUUUCGAUGCAGACUGGGACGUCUUCGAUCCACCAACGCAAGGCCUAAACGCAUUCGCGUUGCAUUCAAACGCUUCCAAGUCUUCUUCAUAUCUCGCUUUCUGGCAAAAGGAGGCGAACUUUAACUGGAAGCAAGUGAAUGCUCUGCUGGAGCACUCCGGAGUGCCGCAAUUGGACACAAGUUCGAAUUCGUUCUUGGACAGCUUGAAGAGAAUUUCUCAUUCAGUACCUAAGCAAAGCAGGAUAUACUUUCCAAGCCCAGUCUCUGCGCUUACGACUGUCGGAGGAGCACCACUGUGGCACAUGACAGUUGUCGAGCCAAUAUCCGCUACGCGAAGCUCAAUUCGACGAACACUUUACAUGUCUACACAUAGAGAUACCAUAAAUGGAAUGGAAAGUCUCAUAUCAAACCUAGAGAGCGAAUUUGAAGCCCUGGUCAAGGCUCUUGAAGUCGAAUACCAGGAGAUCAAAGCGAUAGGCGGGAGCAGAUCGUUAAGCCGGAGCCAGGAGGAGUUGCACUCUGUGAUUCGAGAGCAUGUUCGCAAGGAGCGUGCAGCAGGCAAAAAAAUUACGCCAGCACUACCGUUGCAGAUCUCCGGUCAAGUCAAUGGGAGUAAUUGCGGCAUCGCGGAGAAACUGUGUCGCGAAUUAGAUGGCCUUGCAAACUCUAUAGCCUUUUCCAAUCCUGUUUCGACGUCCAAAAGCUUAGAUUGGUGA